UAGACAAGUCAAUUUAUAGAUUUAUAAAAACAAGAAAUAAUUUGUUCACAGUUUUUAAAAUGAAGGGUCUCUUUUACUUAUAUAUUGUUCUAUGUCUGUCUACUGGAGUAAAGAUGGAAGCCCCUGAACACGUGGAAGAAGACAAAACAGCGAUGGAUUUCUUGAAAAGUCCUAAAAGGGAUUUAGAAACACAGUUAAAUAAUCUGAGAGUUGGAGGAAGAGGAUCCUCUCAGCACUUUCAAUCCUCGCCACAGUUGUCGUUCAGCCAUCUUCCUGACAACACCAAUCUAUACUCAGCACACCACUCUGCCUUCCCCUCGCAAUCUCCUUCCUUCUCCUCACAAUCUCCUUCCUUCUCCUCACAUCCCCCCUCCUUCCUCUCUUCUAACCAACAUCCUUCCUCUUCCACCUCCUCCUCCUCCUACCAAAGUCCUUCAACCUCCUACCCAGAGGAGGCUGAAGAAAAUACUGAAAUUAGUAACUCUGUUCUUCUCCCUAUUCCUGUAGAACUUCCUCAGCAUCAAGUUCAUCAAGUUCAUCAUCAGUAUCAUCAACAUCAACAAUAUCCUCAACCUUACCCUUCAUUUCUUCCUUCUCUACCCUACCCCUACUAUACCUCUGCCUACCCUCAGCUCCCCUCUAGAUCUCUACCUGAGACUCUACUAAGUAAUAUUCUACUUUCCCGAGCCCUACUACCAGUAAAAGCUGGAGAUUUAAACUCCUUAGUUGAAUCCAACCCUAUUCUUCUCCACCUUGCUCUGAGUAGAACCCUGGCCGGUCAAUCUGUACCUGUACACUCUCCAGCCUCCCUUCUCCUUCCUCUUCUUACAGAUAGAGCUCUUCAAUCUAAUCCAUCCUCCUUCCUGACUUCAGCUGGCCUUAAUCCUUCCAACCUUCUCUCCUCCCCCUCCUCCUCCUCUUCCCUCCAUGCUACUCUGCUCUCCUCCCUCUUACCAAGUUUGCCCGACCAACUCAUCAAUUCUCUCCGCAGCAGCGACAAUUUCAUCGGUUAACUCAUCAAGCUUUGAGGCCGGUUAAUAUCAGUAUUUAAAUUUUAAAUUGUAUUCUUGAAAGGAAUUGAGUUUUGCCACAAACUCUGAUUUUAUAAUCACUAUAUCU